CGAAAUGGCCAUGACCAACCGGCUUAGAUUGCCGCUUCCCCAGUGCCUCUUCUUGCUGCAUUGCUACGUCGUUGUUGCGAUUGUAGCACACCCGUCCAGCCCAGAGCAAGCAUCCCCCAAGGCGAACCAACAUCCUCUAUCAUACAACAACCUAGGACCAGAAGAUUUUCCAAACGAUCGGCUCUACCGCGCUUACCACGCCAUUCAAAGCUUCAAGAGCACGAUCACUUCGGAUCCCAAGAACAUCACCGGCACGUGGGCCGGCAACGACAUCUGCGGCGAGAAGAGCUACGUCGGCUUCUACUGUGCAACACCGACCAGCCGAGCUAAGGAGCUCACAGUGACGGCAGUAGUUCUCAAUGGCUUCGGUCUGCGUGCACCGAAGCUGCAAGGCUUCGUCGACCAGCUCCCCGACGUCGCACUCUUCCAUGCCGCCUCCAACAACUUCGGCAACGGCGGCAUCCCCCGACUCACAGGCCUUGAAUACUCGUACGAUCUUAGCGUCGACGACAAUACUGACCUCCAAGUUCAGGACUAUUCUGAAGUUACUGGGAGAGCUAGAGCCAACAUUCACUGUGUUGCUGGAAUGAUCGAGUUAAGAUUUCGUUUGGGAACUGGACCUGAUAAGGGAGGAGGCAUCAUUCCUGGAGUCGCGGAUGGCAAGGCUCUACUGUUGAACUACAACGACCUGUCCGGGCAACUUCCUGCAGAUCUUGGCUUCUCCAAACUGAGCUUCCUCGCCCUGGCCAACAACAGGCUAACAGGCCCAAUCCCGCCAUCAGUAGCGCACCUGAAAGACUCCCUUCUCGAGGUUCUCCUCCUGAACAACCAGCUCUCCGGCUGUCUCGCCCCCGAGCUCGGCAUGCUCGCCAAGGCGGCGGUCAUUGACGCCGGCAUGAACCAGCUCACCGGCCCGAUCCCGUCGUCCUUCUCCUGCCUCAUCAGCGUCGAGCAGCUGAACCUGGCCGGAAACCGCCUCUACGGCCACGUACCCGACGCGCUCUGCAGGCUCGCCGGGCCUACCGGCCGACUCGCCAACCUCACGCUGUCCGGCAACUACUUCACCUCCGUCGGGCCGGCGUGCGCGGCGCUGAUAAAAGAUGGCGUUCUGAACGUAAAGAGCAACUGCAUUCCUGGGCUCGCCAACCAGAGGCGCCCGGAGGAGUGCGCUGCAUUCAUCCAGAGUCGGCCAAAGACUUGCCCGGCCGCGGCAACCACUGAGACGACGUGCCCCGCCCCAGCUGCCAAUGAUGCGGUGGCGCAGGGGGUGAGGAAGGUCAGGGACUACUUCAGCUAUGUGACGUACGCUACACUGCAUGAGUAGCUGUGUCGGCAUGAGUACUAGAACAAUUAGCCAAAAUACAAUCACAUGCGGUGCCUCGAUAGUAUUUUGGCUAAUUGUUCUAGUACUGUAUUCAUGAUGUGCACACUGCUCUGUACUACUGGUGUGCAUGUGAUUGUUGUACAUUUGCUCUUCACGUGUGUUGCUGUCACAUCUAGAUCAUCUGAUCAUUUGUACUGCUACGUCCAUUUAAUGAAAAACUAUUCUUCAUAUUUCUGCA